CUGGAAAAGAAACUUCAAGCAAAAGAUGAAGUCAUUGAAUCCAAAGACAAAAGCAUACAGAAAAGAAUACCGCGUUCAGUACCAAAAGGAAAGGAAAAGAGUUAUAAGUAUAUGAUAUAUACUGAAGAGUUGGAGAAAGAAGAAGACAGAGAUAUGGUUAUGUUGCAUUUAGUCAGAAGAAACAACAAAAGCUUUUAUGACCUUGCUAAGAUUUACAAAUCUGACAGAAACUGGUUCUAUCGUGAAAACUUACCGAUUUCAAUGACACCGAAUGAGCAAAUAAAGGAAAUUGUCAAAAGUACUCUUCCUCAAACACACUAUGACAUCAAAGGUUGCACAAUACUUACAUUCAAAGAAGACUUACCAUUACUGAAGGAAAAAAUAACAGAAUAUUUCGAUAACUUCAAAGAGGAAGAAUAA